AUGGCGGCCAACAUACCUCAGAAGCUAAAACAGGCUGGCAUCACGCCCUUCAUCGUGCGCGCUACGCAACUCGAAGCCGCGAAACCGGUUAUAGCUUAUUGGUGCUUCUACUGGGCUGUAAAUCAGAUCCUUGGUAAAAACCUACACUCCGCCGACGAAGAAUGCCACCUUUUCACUACGAACCUUAUGGAGAAACUCGAGAAUAUCAAGGGGGAUCAAGCAGGAAACGAUGCAAUUCAUGACGAUGUAGCUGGUCAAGCAUACGUGGAGCAGUUUGCGCAAGAGACCUUCGAGAGAGCGCUACGACCGUUGAAAGCCAACAAAGUCACACAGCAGACAGCAAGUACAUUUGAGGCCGCGGCGACGUUCUUCCAACUGAUUAAUAUCUGGGCAACGCCUGACCCCGAGACGCAAGAGAAGGUCAAGUACGCAAAGUGGAAUGCUGCUCGCAUACUGAAGGCGGUCAAAGAGGGAAGAGAUCCCAACGAGUCAAACCCGAAACAGGAAGAGGUUCAACAUGAAGAGAUGCCGCCGGCACUAGACCCGAACGACCCAGAAGUGCGGAUGCUUGCAGGUACACAUCCCAAACCAGUGAGCAUAGAGGACGCGCCCGACGAAGAUGGUAGACCACAUCCAACAUCGACCGGAUCUUAUCAAACCUUCCCUGCGCCCGUAUCUGCGCCAACUUCACCUCCAGCUCCAUCAACAUUAGGGGUCGAGCAAGUGUCUCCUAUAGCGCCUCCCGGCCCGCCUACAUCAGACCCAGGAAAUUAUUUCCCCAGCGCCCCAGAUGACUUAAAUCUACCAUCCACAACGAAUAUGCCCCUUCCAGGCUCGGGUUCCUUCAAUCCCAGAGGAGUUCCCCCGGUAAUACCCAGUCAUAGCUCUCACGAUCCAGCCGGAUUACCUCCUGCUCCCUUUUCGCCACCAGACGCGGCCUCAACGCCUCAAGACUUUUAUCGCCCUACACCUACACCGCCAGUCGUGCCGCCGCCACAGAGACAGGUCCCUCCCCAGGCACCUCCAGCUAGUCGGAAUUACUAUCCACAGCCUUCACAGCCUUCACAGCCGGUAGCCCCGGCGCAGCAGUACGGCGGUAACAGCGGGUCCUCGGGUGCGCUGAAUACAGAUGACAUGGCGAUCGUGCAAGCACAGAAACACGCCAAGUGGGCAAUUUCAGCGCUGAAUUUCGAGGACGUACCAACGGCAGUGAGAGAGCUGCAGGCGGCGCUGGCUACAUUAGGGGCGCGAUAG